AUUUCGAUUGUGAUGACGUUGAAUGUAGGCGCAUAGUCAUCACCCAGCAAGCGCUUCAAUUCUUUUAAGUGGCAGUCAAAAGUGGGCGUAUCCCAAGAGUUUUCCAACAACAACAACAACAAAACAAAUCAGAAAUAGAAGAAAGAAUGAAAAAACGACCGUGAAUGAACCCACAGCUUUUGAUGACGAUCGGAUUAUUAAGAAAAGAAAACAAAAAGAAAUGGAAAAGCUGUUCCGCUGUCGGUUUGAACUCAUCCCCCCUACUUCAACCUCCCCCCUUCUUCCUCCACUGAAGAAGAAAGAGUCGAAAAAAAAAAAAAAAAAAAAAAAAAAAUUUCUCUUCGUUGUUGUUGAAAGAGAGGGUUCCGGCUCAGUGGUCAAGUGAGGGCUCUCCUGAUAUUUCGAUGCCCAGUCGACGACGAGUGGCCAAGUUGUUCUAGUCGCGUUUUCAUCACGUUCCACGAACGUGUUUCGCAGAUGUUAUUCAAGUGGUACACCGUCCCCCCUCAUCAUUCCUGAAAUUGCUUGGACCACUAAAAAACACAUUCGACAGCAUAACGUCCGUCCACAGAGUCCAUUCCGAAUCCAGAGUCCUCUUAGUGCCGGCCGUGUGAUGGAUGAGGACGAAGCCAACCAAGCGGCCUAUUGUCUGCUGGCAAUGUCGAGGGCCACCACCGAUCGAAGAGGCAAAGGUGGUUCGCAAGAAGCCCUGAGCACAGCUUUAGGCCAUCCGACAGUGAUGGAGCAGCCGGCAGGAGCCUAUUCCAGUGCGGCUAUUGCUAUCCCAGCUGCUGCUUCUCCUCCUGCUCAAACAAGUACGACCAGGAAUGUUGAUGCCCCCCACCAUCAACAGCCGCCGUCUUCUCCGUUCAUGAUCGCCCGCAUUUUGACCGAUCUCACCCGCGUGCGUCAAGAUCUCUUUAGCGUACAGCCCAUACAAAAAGCAACACCGCCGACUUGUAAAGCCUCCAACCAGCGAAAUCCGAAUCUUGCUGCAGUGACAGGUGGCAAAUUACACCACUGUUCGUAUCCAACUUGUGAGAGGACUUAUGGCAAGAGUUCUCAUCUCAAAGCUCAUAUGAGAACACACACGGGUGAACGUCCAUUCGGAUGCACUUGGCCGGAGUGCGAUAAAAGGUUCGCCAGGUCGGACGAGCUGGCUCGUCAUAUCCGGACGCAUACAGGAGAGAAACGAUUUACCUGUGCCGUGUGCCAAAAGAAAUUCACCCGAUCCGAUCACCUUAGCAAACAUGUGCGAAGGCAUUCAAAAAUGGAUGAAGGGUCGCCAAAGAUCCGGAGAUACAAAUCGGGAGAGAACAGCAAGAGUAUCAUCAACAUAAGUCCAUCGGCCUCGCUCGAUUCCAGCGAUGGAUGCAGCACGAAUCAAUCUUACGUUUCAUCAUGUUCGGAAAGAGAUACAACAAGAUAGAAACUUGGAUUGGGCCCCAGGUCGCGAUCAUUUUUAGUUGUUAUCAGUGUGAAUUACCGAUGUUGUAUUCAGAAUUUUAAUUGUUACAUUGUUUCAAAAUGCGGUUUAAGGUAUUAACCGAGAAUAAACUAGGAUGUUCUUGCUUUUAUUAUUUUAAUUGCCCAUUACCAAAAAAUAAAACGGUUUUCCUGGUUUCCUUA